AUUUCUCACCUCCCUUCUCUCUUCAUGAAGCAGCUCUCGCGCGCUAUAUCUACGCCCAUCUUCUGCCUUUACAUGGGCCUCUCUCUCUCUCUCUCUCUCUCUCUCUCUCUCUCUCUGAGCGAAAAUGAGAAAACCUUGCUGUGAAAAAGAAGGCACAAACAAAGGAGCUUGGUCUAAACAAGAAGACCAAAAACUCAUUGAUUACAUUAAAGCUCAUGGGGAAGGCUGUUGGCGAUCUCUCCCCAAGGCUGCAGGGUUGCACCGCUGUGGCAAAAGUUGUAGGCUAAGAUGGAUAAACUAUCUAAGGCCAGACAUCAAACGUGGAAACUUUGAGCAAGAUGAAGAAGACCUCAUCAUCAAACUACAUGCCCUUCUUGGCAACCGGUGGUCGCUUAUUGCUGGAAGGUUGCCAGGGAGGACGGACAACGAGGUGAAGAACUAUUGGAAUUCUCACAUCCGGAAGAAGCUAAUUAAAAUGGGCAUUGAUCCCAAUAACCAUAGGCUAAACCAGAUCAUUCCUCGUCCUAAUCCUCAAAGCGACUGUGUUUCUGCUGCUGCAACAUCAUCUGGUUCAAUGAGCAAUAUUAGUGCAUGUACUAAAGCACCAAUCAAGUCUUCACGUGAAAUUGAUCAAAGGGCCUCACAAGCUACAAGUGUUCUUGAAGAUGAAACUUCUGGUUCAUCAUCUCGUGACUUGAAUCUCGACCUCACCAUUGCUUUUCCUAAUCCUCCGCUUCAAGUUGGGGAAGAGAUGCAAAAAAAUAUUAAAGGGUCCUUCACUAUGGCGAGAGAAAUCGAAACCAACCUUCAACAUUCACCCACUCUUGCUCUUUUUAGAUAAUACAUAUAAUUUGGAGAAGGAGAUGAAUUGAUCUCUAACUAGCUGAUCUUGGACAGGAAUUGGAAAAGGAGGGAAUUAAAAAGGGAAUUAUUGUUUGGCUGAUCAAGAACUUUGGCUAGUAUUGACAGAUAGCUAGCAAAAUUGUGACUAAUGGAGGCAUUAACAUGGAGAUAAGGGCCAAACACUUCACCAUGAAGGCAGCUAGAAUAUUGAUCCCAUUGUAUGAUAAUCUCAUUAGGCUAUAUAAAUUCUUGGAUGUAGCAUACAAAUUGGAGAUGAACUGCAAAAAUCAGUUGAUCACCAAGAAAUGAAUAUGCAUGGGAAGGGAAAUGUGUGGUGAUUGUAAUUUGUAUUCAGGCUGGGGAAAAUUGAUGUUGAAUGACAAAUAAGCUAGAGGAGCACUAUAUGGUACA